GCACUCUAGAAGUUAACUAUGGGUACGUGGUAGGUACCGUGUGGCUGGUUUCCCCCCGUUAAUGAGUUUUAAAGUUUUUAAAGAUUAUAAACAGAGACCAGAGGGACAUCCAGGAUGCUUCCUCGCAGGCAGGACUUCGGCUUCAAGAGGCCGGGAGGAGGACGCAGCAGCUCGGUUAUAAACUUCAGAACCACCGUAAACUCGGGCUCGGUCCGCCGCAGCUCCGCCGUGUUACCGUCUCUGCUGACGUUCCUGGUAAUCGUGGCGUCCGGAGGCCUGCUGUUGAUGAUCGAGAAAGGACUGCUGAACGGCGUGGAGACCCCCCCACCGAAGGGUAGCAACGGCCGGAGGCUGGAGCUCAAUCGGCCGGACGGGAGGCUCAGCCCGGCCGCUGCGGACGUGGACUCCCAGAUAAUCCAGGAGAUCAGGAACCGGACCAUCAGGACCGUGUGCAGCCAGAAGAACAUGCCUCACAGUAUCUGGACGCUGAGCCCGCUGCAGAGGAAGACGUUGCUGCAGCACAUCCUCGUUAAUGAUGAGUACCGCUUCCUGUACUGCUACGUCCCCAAAGUGGCGUGCUCCAACUGGAAGAGGGUGCUGAAGGUCCUGAGCGGCGCUCUGGAGAACGUUAACGUCAACAUCAAGAUGGACCACCGCAGCGACCUUUUGUUCCUGUCUGCUCUGAAACCCGAGGAGAUCCGCUACCGCCUCAAACACUACUUCAAGUUUAUGUUUGUGCGUGAGCCAAUGGAGCGGCUGCUCUCCGCGUACAGGAACAAGUUUGGAGAGAUCGAGUCGUACCAGAGGAAGUACGGCGUGGAGAUCAUAAAGCGGUACAGAAAAGGACACUUAAAAGAUAGCUCUGUAACCGGAGAUGACGUGACAUUUGCAGAGUUCGUCCGCUACCUUCUGGACGAGGACGUGGAGCGAAUGAACGAGCACUGGAUGCCCGUGUACAACCUCUGCCAACCCUGCGCCGUUUCCUACGACUUUAUCGGCUCCUACGAACGCCUCGAAACUGAUGCAGAGUUUGUGUUACAGAGAAUUGGAGCGCCCCCUUCUGUUCACUUCCCAGAGAGACAAACGUGGUACAAACCGGUCACCACGGAGACGUUACACUACUACCUGUGCAGCUUACCUCAGAAGCUGCUGAGGGAACUGCUGCCGAAGUACAUUCUAGACUUUUCCCUCUUCACCUAUCCCCUCCCCAACACGACCACUCAACACUGUCGGCACUGAGCGUGCAGUCUUUUAGAAUUUGGAGAUUAUUUUUUAUAGAGAGAAUCAUUUCUACUAUUUUUAUUGUAGGGGACAAGCUGUGCUUUUAUAGCAGUUACAUAUUUUUUCACUUAAGAUGUUUGAUAAUUCUCUGAAAUGGCUGAUUAUUGAACGAGAGGAAUACUAUAAACCACUAAAGCAUGAAAAGCACAGAAGCCUGCUGCAUUCACAUGAUAAUAAAAAUCUGCUCUGUUUUUCUUUAAAAAAGUUAGACCAUGCAUCACUAACAUAGUUUUACUCAACUUUUCAUUGAUGUAGACGUUUCAGUGCAUAAAAUCUCUUUAUUGUACCUCUAAAUUCCAGAGGCGAGGGAUGUCCUGAUACGGAUUCUGAUACCAGUGUGAACUUUCUGGACAGACUGUGCAGACUAGUAAAUUAUUUUAGACCUAUAUUUGACUCAGAACAUGACUCAACAAAUAGAAUCAUAAUGUACAGCAUCUCUGUGAGCCU